AAAACCAUGUCAACCGAGGAGCAUGGUGAUGGAGAAGACAGCAAAAUUAUCCCCGUUUUGGACAUCAGUCAGGAGAAAACUGAAAAGAACAACUUUUACGGAGUGUUUGACGACGAAGGGAACUUCACCCUCAUCGACGCGUUGUUCUUCAUUGUUGGCAUGGCGCUGUACAUAGCGGAUCUCGUCACUGAUAUCGUUGUUGGAGUCCAGUAUUUCAGACGAGGCGAUAUUUUAUGGGGCUCCAUGACGUUUGUCUUUGUGUUUGUGCCGUCCUUGGUCUUGCAGUACUUUAGCUUACGAUGGUUCGUUCUAGAUACGAGAGAGAACGAGAAAGAUGAACCCAAAGCUUUGAAGAGGCAGCUACGGGCGCGGUGCCAGUGGUUAAUAACACAUGCACUGCAACUCGGAGCCAUCAAGAGAUACUGGCGCACUGUCAAGUAUGGACUGAGGAGUCGUCGGGAGAUCAAAUAUUACAACAUGAUGAUUUAUGAGUAUCGCGAUAUAAGUAUGUUACGUCUUCUAGAAGCUUUCAUGGAAUCGGCUCCUCAACUAGUUCUGCAAGUCUACAUCAUGUUAGAGAGCGAAGAAUUUCACUGGCUGACAGCUGUUUCUACUGUGGUAUCCUUAGGCUCACUUGCUUUCUCUCUCGAAAGCUACCACAAGGUUCUACGAGUUUCACGGAUAGACAGACUAAACAUAUCUUACCUCGGAGUGACAUUUCGUAUUCUUUGGCGUUUGUUCACCAUCACCGCCCGAGUGAUUGCCAUGGCGCUCUUUGCAUCAAUCUACGAGUGGCGGUUAUUCGUUGUUGUUGCCGUACACUGGAUUGGAAUGACAGCCUGGCUGAUAUGGCAAAAGACAGAAUUCCACGACGCCACGUGGGAUGAGAUACCUUUCGAUGCAGUGGUCGGAAUCAUCCACAUCUUCUGCUUUUUCAACAUGAAGGAGGGACACACUAGAUACAGAGCACUUGCCUUUUACGGUGUGAUAUUCAUUGAGAACACCAUUUUACUUGUUUUGUGGUAUCAGAAGCAGGAGUCAAGGGAAAAGAUAUAUGCGAUUCCAGCUCUUGGUUUUGUCUGGGGUGGAUUUUUCGUAGGACUCCUCUUUAUGGCACUGUACUAUACUUCUUGUCAUCCCACUGAUGAUAUACUGUGUUGCAUACCACCGCCAUGGAACAAAGAUCACCCAAAGAAAGAAAUGAACAAUACCCCCAUACGUUUACAAAGCAGUGCUUCGUCAGAGACGAAAUCCAACGCGAUGCAAGCAGAAGACCCUAAACGCCAUCGAUACUUCUUUUCUCGGAAAUGGAUCCUUAAUAAGUCUCUUAAUUCUGUCCCAAACGAAUUGUAAUUAGCAUCACUUGGAAUUAUUUGAAAUUAAAUUAUUUUUUAAAAUCAAAAGAGUUUGAGGAGUCUUGCAUGUGUCAAAGUAUUUUCAAUAGAUUUAUUUUAAUGUCCAUUAGUGAAUAAAAUUUACCUGCUACAUAUCUAGGUUAUCAACAUUCGUUUUUCCUUUGGUUCAAAAUCGAAUAUCUAUAUAAAUGUAGGGUGAAAAGAAACGGAUUUGUCUGCAGGAA